GCUUCCGCCUGGCUGUGCUGCAGCUGCAGGUGGGCAGCAUCAAAGCGGACAACCUGAGCAGGGCCCGGCGGCUGGUGAAGGAGGCGGCGGGACAAGGAAGCAAGGUGAUGCUGCUGCCGGAAUGCUUCAACUCUCCAUAUGGGACAAACUUUUUUUCCUCAUAUGCUGAGAAGAUCCCAGGAGAAUCCACCCAGGUCCUGUCGGAGGCAGCGAAGGAGAAUAAGGUGUACCUGGUGGGAGGAUCCAUCCCUGAAGAGGACUGUGGGAAGUUGUAUAACAGCUGUGCAGUGUUCGACCCUGAUGGAGAGAUCAUUCUUAAACACAGAAAGAUUCACCUGUUUGACAUCAAUGUUCCAGGAAAGAUCCACUUUCAGGAGUCUGAGACACUGAGCCCAGGGAGCAGUCUGUCGAUGUUUGACACACCAUUCUGUAAAGUGGGGGUGGGGAUCUGCUACGACAUGCGAUUUGCAGAGCUCGCUCAGCUCUACAGCAGGAAAGGCUGCCAGCUGCUGGUUUACCCCGGAGCCUUCAACAUGACGACAGGUCCGGCCCACUGGGAGCUCCUGCAGAGGGCGAGGGCGGUUGAUAACCAGGUGUUUGUGGCUACAGCUUCCCCUGCCCGAGAUGAAGCUGCCUCCUACAUGGCCUGGGGUCAUAGCUCUGUUGUGAACCCAUGGGGGGAGGUCAUCUCCAAGGCCGGAACAGAGGAAACCAUCAUCUAUGCUGACAUCGACUUACAGUAUUUGGCUGACAUCCGGCAGCAGAUCCCGAUCACGUGUCAGCGUCGGGACGACCUGUACGCGGUGACGUCCCUGCAGGACAGAUCGGGCUGAACGCUUCAACUCUGCUCCUCUCUCUCCACUGGCUCAGCUAAAUCUGGAUGGAAUCUUCCUGUUAAUUUUCAUCCAGGAGACUGGAUUAAAGCAGAAAUGUUAAAGCAGUGGAGUUUUAGGAUGAAGAAGACACAGUGGUUGAAUGUGUCUCACCGCUCUGUAAUUUCUGCUUCAAAGGUUUUUCUGCAGUUUAUGAUUUGAAUAUAUACAUUUAAAUAAAUGUUCAGGUGCUAAAUAAUUUUGAAGAAUCUUUAAGGCUUCACAGUUCAAGAUGAAGAAGUGUCUGCCAGACUGUCCAGCUGCAGUUCAGUAGGUUUGGGGCUUCAACACUCUUGUGCUUUCUAAAAAUCUACAUUUAUUAACCAAGUUGUCCACAAACUGAGCCCAAAGUCCUGCAGAGACCAGAUGAACCACAGCAGCAGACUUUUUACAAACAAGUCAGGAAAUGUACUCUGAAAAGUCACUGAUCA